UGCCACCACUGGCCCACGAAAAAGAACGUCUCGCUUGGCGAAUUGUGUGUUCGUUGCUCUGCUGUUGAAUUUUUCGCGCGCAGAUACCCCGUGAAGCUGUGGAAUUAAUGCCCGCCAUUGAGGAGAAGCACUAGUUGUUGGAAUGGAGGAAGAGUAUUCGGCGUCAUCUUCGGCCGGCGGCGGCGGCGGCGGUGGCGGAGCUGCCAGUGGGAAGAAGGCCGGCGUGGGCAAGCAGCACAACACGCUGCCCUUUUGGGGCAACGAGACCUCAAUGAACCUCAAUCCCCUGAUCCUGGCCAACAUUCAGAGCUCUAGCUACUUCAAAGUACACCUUUUCAAGCUGAAAACCUACCACGAGGUUGUGGACGAGAUCUACUACCAGGUCAAGCACAUGGAGCCCUGGGAGCGCGGCAGCCGAAAGACCUCCGGCCAGACGGGCAUGUGCGGCGGUGUGCGUGGCGUCGGCGCCGGCGGCAUCGUUUCCACGGCCUAUUGCCUGCUCUAUAAGCUGUAUACGUUGCGCCUCACCCGGAAACAGAUCAACGGGCUGCUCAAUCACACAGACUCGGCCUACAUCCGGGCACUAGGUUUCAUGUAUUUACGUUACACGCAACCACCUGGUGAUCUGUACGACUGGUAUGAGGACUACCUGCAGGACGAGGAGGAGAUCGACGUGAAGGCGGGCGGCGGCCAGGUCCUCACCAUUGGCCAGAUGGUGUACCAGUUCAUGACCAAGCUGGACUGGUUCUCGACACUCUUCCCGCGCAUACCCGUGCCCAUCCAGAAACAGAUCGAGAAACGGAUAGAGCAGUAUUGCCGCGAGCAGGGCAUCACCGUCAGCCAGUUGAGUACGGGUCGCCCGCCAGCGGGGACGGCGGCAGGUGCCGGCGGAGCUGGCCAGGACGGUGACUACCAGGACUAUGACGAGAGCGCCGGACCCGGCCGAGAUCAAGGCGGAGGCGGUGGCGGAGGACGAGGGCAGGUAGGCCGGCCCGCCGCCUAUCCACCUCCACCGAUGAACAACUACCGCAACGAUCAUGACGAUCGUGACUACUAUGCCCCCAACUCGGGACCCUCCUAUGGCCGGGGAGGACGUGGCGGCUACGAGGACUACCCACCGGCGCCCUUGGAGCGGGAGCGCGACAGAGACAGGGAGCGGGAACGGGACAGGGAUCGGGAUAGGGAACGAGAGAAGGACCACGACCGCCACCGCAGCAAGCACAAGAAGAAGCACAAGCACAGACAGAGCUCGCGCAGCCGGAGCAGAAGCCGGAGUCGCCACCGUUCCGAGCGGCACGAGCGCAAGCGGGAAGGGGUCAGCGGUUAUGAGCGGAGCAGCCGGAGUCGCCACAACGAUCACUACGAGGAGCGGGAUCGACGCUAUCGGUGAAGACUUAUCCAAAAAAAAAAUAAAAAAAAAUCCAAACAAAAAGUGAAACCCUCC